GUCAAAGAUGGCCGCCUACAUGGACGAUGCACGGUGUUCAUGUACACGUACGUCAUUCAUCGACAUUGUUACUUUGUAAAUAGGGUCUUUCCCGGAAAUUUUCCUGGAUUCCCAAAUCGUUUGCUAUCUGAGUGUGUCAAAAAACCAAACUGAAUAAUUUUAUGCGGUGAACUUAGUGUCCCUAGGCUCUUGGCCUGCGUUGUACAGUCCUGACAUUGUGUUCUUCCAUGCAUUGACAGUGUCGGUGUAUUUUGUAGGGCUAAGUCGUCCGUGUGCGUGCAUCUCUUCAGGUGGGAUUAAUUUGAUAUCACUUUUAUCAGCUGCUGGUACCUGCUGGUCUCCUGGUAUGAACAGUUUGUACACGUUUGAAGCAGAUGAUAAGAUUUUGUUUUGAUCUUCGGGUCAAAAAAAGGAAAUAGAACAUAGGAUACUUAAACCGAGGAAUUCCAGCCGAGACAUUGCUCAUGGCAGAAGGUGGUGGUGGGGAUGGGGACUCCCCAAUGGAUGGUCAUGACGAAGUGGACGAUGGUGCCCGGCGCUUCCGGACCCAACACAGUUACCACGAGGUUAGCGAGCAGGCCACCGUCCUGCUGCGCCACUUCAUCGUGGACCGCUUCGAGCGGGACUCGGUGCCGGGCGCACCCCGCCUGGAGGACCUGGGCCAGGCCACACCCGAACAGGAGGAGGUGUGGCGGCGGGUAGGCACCACCCUGCGAGAGAUCGGGGACAUCCUGGACCAGGACCGGGAACUCCAGAGGUGGAUCAACUCAUUACCCACUGAUUCCCCAAUAGAGAAGAUCAUCGCUGUCGCGCAGGUGAUAUUCGGGGACGGUGAGAUCCACUGGGGUCGCAUCAUCGGCCUGUUCUACUUUGCCUACCGCAUAUCAGUCAGGGCCAUGGAGAGCCUUCUCUUACAAAAUUUCCCUGGCUGGGUCAACCAGCUCAUCAAGGAGAUAGUCCAGUUCCUGGUCAGACGGUUUGCUGAUUGGAUCAUCAACAGGGGAGGCUGGACUGCCAUCAAGGAGUACUUUGGAUCAUCGAAUAGGGUGUUCCGGACAAUCAUGAUUUUGUCGCUCCUCACACUAGGCUACGGCAUCUACAAACUGAACAAGGAAUAGCAGUGCCUGGCCAAAAUCUACAUCGGAAAAAAUUGUGUCCAUCUGUUGCCAGGACACAGCAAGGCCGGCAUCGGACAUUAAGAAUUUGAAUGCUGCAACGUCAUUCCUGAACUGAACUAUGAUACCUUAAACUGUGGUCCUUUGUACAGCCGUUUCAUGCCACAGAAAGGCUGGCUAUAAUGUAUGUACAUGUACAUGUAUGUCACUGAGACUUUCCCCAGUAGAAGGAAAACAAUCAAUGGAACCAAUUUCACUUCAGUUCCAUCUGAGUCAAUCGCACAUGUGACCCGCUCCGGGAAAAAUGAUAAAAAAUGAUGCUUUGCCUUUGUGUGCAUUGGUCCACUCUGACUUAGGGCAGUUUCUCAUGAAAUUUCAAUUUUGUUGGUCAGAAAGAACAUAUUUAAUAGUCUCUAAAGUUUCAUGUUUCAUGAAAAAAAAAAUGUCCAAAGUGCACAUGUUCAUUGCCAGGAAGAUUUCAGGUGAGCCUUCCAAGCCAAAGUCUGUAUUAGAAUCAACUUUUUUUUCAAAGCCUGUUUUCUAUUAAGUUGAACUCCAUAGAACUGCUAUGAGAAAACGUCUGCUGAAUGGAAUGGGCUAUUACCCUGUGCCAUAGACCAAAUGAAAGCUGACACUUUCAUCCGUGCAUAUACGUCUUUUUUUUUUCAUUUUUGCAACAUUAUCUACCUUCUUUUCAGAGCGUGUCACAUGUGGCCGAUUCCGAUGCUUUCACACCCUGUCGCAGUGAUGCCUGUAAAGUUGUUGUUUUUUUUUCUCGUACUCUGAAACCAAGCAUGACGGGUUUGGAGACUUGUCAAGGCCAAAAUGACUCCCACUCCUCCCAUAUCAAUCAAAAUCCAACUAUUUCAAUUUUUCAUCUGAUUCUGAUAGAUUCACAACUGCACGGCACUGACCCUUCUACUUUUACAUUGGUCUCUGAUGCCCCCUCCAACAAAAAAUUCCAUAGGCUAACUGCACGAUAUUGGAUUUGGGUAGAUCGAGCUUAGCAGGUAACCCAAGACAUAUACCAGUAUUAAAGAAGGAAAAUAUUUGACAGUAUACAGUGUGUACAGCUCUGAAGUGACAUUUUUGAAACUGAAAUAUUAAUCAAUUGAACAAACAGAAUUCUUUUGUUAUUAAAAACCGUCUCCUAUUGCCUGUCAUGUGCAUUGUCUGUCUACAUGUACCCAAAAUGGGGCACGUAGUUUACUCAAAACUUGUAAUGAAAAUUUUACUUCACCGGUUGUGAGGUGAAAGGAUCUUGCAUGCCGUUUGGUUAUAUCCCGCAAAUCACAUAAUGGGGACAGGUAGCAGAGGUGUGAGAAUCAGUUUUUUAGCUGAUUUCAGCUUUUUUUUGCGUAGAUGACCCUGAAUGUCAGCUUUUUUGUACACCUGGUCUCUACAAAAGUAUGGGAACGUUUUACAUUUCAGCUGUUUGCUAGCUGCUUUCAGCCACUCACACCCCUGCAGUAGUUUGUUGGUAUCAUUCCACUGAUAAAGCUGCCCAUAGAGUAGGUUUUGGAGUGUCCAAUUAGUAGUGGAAAUUUGUAACAGGUGACGGUGACUCUUCAACAUGUUUUGUAUAGAUCCACUUUUUUUAGUACAUGUAGUUUGAAACUCAGUAAAAAAGAGAAGUGCUUUAUCAACAUAUCAGGUUGUCAUUUAAAGUGUGUUAUACACACUUGUUAUAUGGCCCCUUUGAGUAAGGCAAUUCUUGUGUGUAGGCACAUCUUACGAUUUGAGAUAUUUAGCCCCAAUAAAAAAAAAAAAGCUUGUAUGGACACGCACAACAUAAGGGAUAGUCGUGAGAUUAGUGUAAUGGUCUUCCACAUCAAGGAGAAAUUCCCCCCCCCAUAAAAGAACCCAGACUUUGCUGUGCUUCACCAUACGUUUGUGCAAUUCUGUAUACGUACAUAUAAACCUCCUGUAUUUCUACUUUGUUUUACUUGAAAAAGUCACGCAGAUUUUAUUAUCCCUAAGUCCAAAUCAACAGUCUUGCUAGAUAUGCAUGGAAUUAUGGAAUACGGAGAACGCCUUUGAAAUAUUCACAGCAGGUGCUUUCGCUGCACUUCUGAUUACCAGGAGGGCUGUAGGGCUCCCGCAAACGUGACCAAUACCACGUCAUUCACACUUUUGACCAGGUUUUCAAAAGGGAGUGGUACAGUGUACAUGUCCAGUAAUUGGAACCUGACCUUUUUUAAACAGAUCUUUCGGUAAUGGUAGACGGUAGAUACAUAUAUGUACUGUUUUAGUUUGUGAUGUGAUCAGUUAUAAGUAUUGUUAAAAAAAACCUGAAACUCGACUGCCGUUCAAAAAGCUUGUAGUGGAAAUCCAUGCAACAAAUUUCAAGACCCUCAGAGUUUUUAUUCUUGGAGAAAAAAACACUCCAAAACAAGGAAACUGGUGACGUUUUGCAUUGAUAUUGCUAGCAGUGUCCCUGUUAUCCCUGGCCUGUUUAAUUUGAUGUGGAAAUAUCAAUAAAACCGACUUCAGAUUUUUUUUAUUUGUUAAGCAGGUAAUGUUUUAUACUUAAUCACUCGUAGAAUUUUUUUUUAAAAUGUAUUUUAUACUUACAAGUACGAUGUAACAUGUGACAGGGACAAAAAAAAAUAUAUUGGACCGUAGUUUUUCUCCGUAACAUGACCCAGAUGUUUAUCCAGUUGUUGAAUGUUGCUCGGUGUCACGCCCUUUGGCAUUAAAGUCAACUCACAGAGCACUUUUGCAACAAAAGCUGAUCCUUGUCUUGAUCAAACAGCAAAUAUCGAGGGUUCUCACAUCUACCGUAUCAGGAAGUCUUGCAUGUCUGUUUUUGUGCAGUCCGUCUAUGACAAGAUUAUAAAAGGUGAUAGGUGAACGAGGGGAUAGUCCUUGCAACGAAACCUCAUUUACUGUGCGUACAGACAUUCAUGUGAGGCUUAAUAUGGUGCCAAAAAUAGCCCUACAGCUUCAGGAUAACAAGUGGUUCAUAGACUAGACAGAAAUACAUGUAUAUGUUUAGAUUGGGUAGAAAACCAUAGUUUUCGUUACUGUCAACACAGUGUACGUGUCCCUUGAACCCUAGAACAUGGAGUGAAUUUAUGGAGUAUAGUUACCAGUACAUGUACUUGGCUGAUUUAUAUAUCAGCAAAGGAUGGCCUAGCAUAGAGAAACUCUGUGACAUACUUAUUAUGGAUAAUUGUUUGGACGAGGAUUUGGGGAUCUGUCUUUUUAAUACCCAAGUGUUUGCCUGUCACUCAAGGUGUACAUACUCCAGAAUUCUGAGAUGCCCCUCCCCUUUUUGGAACUGGGUGUCUUGUUCACUUUUCAGAAAUUUUCAAUCUACAUGCAGGUGCAGUGUUCUAGUCUUGGUGCGUAUUCUUUUUAUUAUUCAACAACGUGGGCGGUAGGAGGUUUGCUGGCCUGGUUUCCUUCCUCCAUGCUUUUAUCAAGUGUCUAAAUUGCUGACUGCAGUAUGGUGACACGCUCUACCGAACUCCGUGCAUGAUGGCACAUAGCUGUAGUGCCCGUAUAGUAUCUGUCCCGAUUUGAGGUGCACCGCCAAGUGGAAAGAGGAAGACAGAUGGUUGUAAGCUUUCCAAGCGGGUUCUGGCACGCGUUCUGCAUAUACGCAAAGACCAUACAUUAAGGAAUAAAUUCAUUGCGCGUACUCAGCAUCAAACGCGCCACUGAUCUCCACUAUUAAUGCGCCUAUGCGGCAAGUACCAAAAAUACAGCCCUUUUUGUUCCGCUUGGAGCAGAUAAGUUGGUUCCCUGAAUAAGGAGCCAUUACCGCUGUGGCACAGUGCUCGUGGACCGGUGAUAUGCACACAUUAUGCUUCUUCAACCAAUAGGAUGUCAUGAUUUGCCACAUGCAUGAAAGUGCGUGUCAGGUCUGUGUGCCUGCCACAGCGCCACCGCAGUAAUGGUGUCUCCUCGGAUGAGUCUUUAACGAUUUCCCAGUUACUCUGAUCUGGGGUCAGAGGUUGCCAAUAUACCCUUGUACUGUUUCAAGUUCACUUGAAUGUGACAAAAGUGAAUCUUUUUCAAAAAGGGCAGUCAUUGGGUAGAUCUGGGCCAGCUGUUAACAUCAUUGUGGUAUGCACUUCUCAAAUAAAUGUGGAAUUUAACCCACUUUUUUUUUCUUUUUAGGAAAUCAAUUGUGCUUUGACAUUUUAUUGUAGCACUGCAUUAUUAUGGAGUAGAAUUGAAGUUAAUUUCUCUUAUUGUUUUUUAAUCAUGUAGGGGUUGUGCUCUAAGUUCAGAAUCCAUUGAUGGCUAAAUCGGGUGAUUUAAUAUCAGGGAACGCCAUGUGCUACACUGCCCAGACCUGGUCUGCGCUGAGCUGCCGAGCGGGAAAAACAAUGCAUUGAGAAAUCGCAUGUAAUCAAAUUUAGCAAAUGAGCGGGGAACCAGUUGGGCAAAGUAUGAAAAUCAACUGACAUCUGUUGGUCGGUAACCCAUUAAUGCAACCGUGUGUUGAUGAUGGCACAUUUUGUGUGUGCUUUCCUCUGGUGCGCAGUGGACCGUGGGCCCCCACUGGCUCCAUUGGAAAACUGCACAUAGAAGCAUGGUAGGAUGUCACCAGAACACAGGGUUCCUGCACCUAAAGGAUAAUUAAAUUCUACGACUUUUUCAGGCUGCGGGAACCCCCGAGUACAGAGGUCAUUUGCACUUGCAUUUAUGUACCCUGCUUAACACAACUUGGAGAGGAAAGUGGCAGAGAAGCUGAAUAUGUGUAUAAUUAUGGAGGUAUUUACGAUAGGCAUGAACAUAUUCCAUCUUUGCUGGUUUUUUUGCAUGUACAAACAUUUCUCCUCCAUUUCUCUUUAGUAUAAAAAGGAUUAUUUUCAUUGCUUCAGUUUUGUAUUUUUUGCUACCUUGCUGUAUAAAAAUUUAUGUUAAAGCUCAUUUUAUGCUUUGAGGUUACUGCAAAAACAUUCAACCCAUAAUAAGCCCAAUCCAUAUACAUGAAUCACCCAGGACAGAAAACAUUGUUAUUACCUCGGGAGCUAAAUUUAAUCUUAGCCAAUAAACGAUUUUCCAAAGAAAGAACAA